AUGGCCAGUAGUGCUGGGGAAGUCGUAUUACCUGUUUCAGAGAGUCCAGUCCUGGAACUCUUGGACAACAACGUUGAACCGACCGCGGAGCAAAUUGAGUUGGCUCGCUCGGCAAUUCUCCGGGCAAAGUCUGCCCUGGAGAGUCUGGAUAUAACGUGUCAAGGCAAUGCCGAAACACAGCGUCGUUUGUUGGGCGACUUCAUCGCUUCGCAUGAGCGAGUUCUUGCUCCAAUUCGCCAGUUGCCGACAGAACUAUGUCACGAAAUUGCCUCUCAUCUCUCCUCUCACUCUGAACGGGACAAACCUGACGAACUAUGGGCGCUAGCUAGCAGCUGUCGUUGCUGGCGUGAAAUUUUGAAGGAUAUACCGCGCCACAUCGGUGCUGUCUGGUUUAGUAAUUCAUCAUCCUCGUUAGAGAUCCACAACACAAUUCGAUCGACUCUUGGCCAGGUCAAUGCGACUGGAAUAGCUGCCUUCACUUUUUUCACUCAGUAUAUUAUCUACCCUUUUCUCUCCAAGAUUCUCCCCCACAUCAUCCAACGAGCAAUAUCCCUCCGUAUGGACGUGUCCGGUGGCUUACUGGAACACAUCAAUUUCUUUGCGGCCGGCCAACCCUUCGUCAAUGUCCGCCUCUUGUCAUUAUUCCCUCAUCACAUGCAUAUCAACUCGGGCUCUCCUGUUCUGGUCAAUCUUUUGUUCUUGUUCCCCAGCGUCAAUCAUCUCCGCAUUAACGUGCCUCAUGGUAUGAACCCCCAUGUCCUCUGGAGUAUCUUACCACAACUCCAAACUUGCGAAGUCUAUCACAGUCGACUUGCGGAUAUUCUGCCAUAUGCCGCUGGCUCUGGCACACCAUUAACGCUGACGCGCUUGGCAUUUAUCGAAUGCGAGGGUGACUCCCCGAGGCCGAAGAGCUGUAACCUUGGUAGUCAACAACUUGUUUUCCAGGACUGCUAUCCAAGCUUCAUCUCAGACAUCAUGAAACUGGUCGUUCCCGCGCCGCUGCAGAAACUCGUUAUUCAAAUUCCUCACGAUAUUCAAUCUGUCUCUAAUAAUCCCAUCCAUGCCGCCACAUAUCUUGCAGAGGCCGCAAGAUACCUUGACCGCUUCUCGAACAUCACAGAACUCACCAUUUCGUUGCAUAUGCAUGGGACUAUCUCGGCAAAAGUAGUGAUCGAGCGCACAAUAGGAGGCCUGAAGACCGUCCUGGAAGCAGCGCAUUCUUUAAACUGUCUCACCCAUCUUCGCCUGGGACUCGCCCCCUUGAGUGUCCCUACACCAGUGCUGGAAAUUCUCGCCGACGAGCGUCUCAUGCCCCAUAUUCGCGUGCUCAGCCUCAGCGAGUGCAAAUACUUCAAGGUUGCCACUCUCAGGGCAAUCAAUCGAGCCCGCAAUCAUCGCUUAGGGCAAGACCACAGGUUGGAAAAGCUGGUGGUAGAUACGCUGCAGAUGAUCCAACCGCCAGAGUUGCUGACGGAGUUGAGGAACAGUGGGUUACAAGUGGUUGCUUCUGCGCCGAGUCAGCCUAGUAGUGUUGUUUUUGAGCCCGAGCGAUGA